CGUCUUUACCCUCUCCUCAGUGGGUAUAAAAGAGCAUGUUUAUUUACCAACUUCACUUCAUUUGGAACCUCCAGCCUCAUCAAUCUGAUCCACUGAACUACUGAACCACACGGACUAAUCAUGAGCAGGAACUACAUGUCCAAGUAUGAUGAGAUGCGUAAGGGAGACUACAUGUGGUCCAAUAACAAGGAAUACAAGGCAGUUUUCCAGGAGGACGGUAACUUUGUCAUCUAUGGCUGGAGGCAGAUGUGGUCCUCUGACACCGCGGGACAGCGCGACGCCUACCGCCUGUGCAUGCAAGAUGACAGCAACUUUGUCAUGUACAAGAGGGAUAACAAGAUGAUGUGGCAAACCAAGAGCCAGGCUCAAGGGUUCAAGAUGUGCCGCAUGUACCUGCGUAACGACGGCAACCUGGUCGUUGAGAAGGACGGAGAAGAAAUGUGGAACUCUUCUUCCUCCAAGGGUCACAAGCAGUAA